UCUCGCCUUUCUGCGCGUUUUUCGCGGCAGGCGAAGGUCGUUGCGCGAGCAAUAAGAUCAUUCGACCUCGCUGAUGCAACGUAAACACACACGUAUAUUGUUCUCUCUCUCAUCCCUAUAUAUUUUACUAGAUGUCCUAAUUUUUUUGAUAAUUAAUUAUCAAAAAAAACAUCGUGUUACAAAUUCGCUUUUUCCUUUCUUCGUCUCCAGCUGUUUAUCUCGUCUUCCAAGUUCCUCGCAAAACGCGCGGGAAUGCGACGAAAAAUGGGUUACGAGAACGCGCGGUAAUAUUCAAAAGAGCCGAAAGUAACAGAAAACCGCCGAAUCUAUCGCGUACAAGUAUUCGUGUGCGUUAACAUCGGCGAGGUGUACGUGACCCCACCUUUCUUUCACGAAACUAUCACCUACCUACCUACCUACGGAGAUCAUCUUUCCCGAGUAAAAGCCGAGAACCGUACGAGUGUGGGCACAGACAGCAUCAUGCGCUUGGUAGCCAUAACGAUUCUACUAGCAGUAGUAAGCUUGGCUAGAUCUCAGAAAUCUGAGAUCUCAGCCAAGGAUCUCGAAUCUGCGCCGGCUCCGGUAAAGCUCGACAAGAACCUGCGACAAGCAUUGUUGAAAGCUCUGACGGAAUUGGAAGCCGCAUCCGCGGAGCAACGAAAGGACGAUGACGACAAAUCGCUCAUCAUGACCAUCGAAAAGACCUUCGAAGACGUGGUCAAGAAAAAUCUGAAUGCAAAUGUCGGCGUAAUACCGAAAGCUUCCUUCUCGUUUGACGGUUUCCCGGGAGAUGAGGAAAUUCCCAACGAGGAGAAGUUGCAGAAUUCGAGUUCCCUCGAAUCAAAGAGAUACGUUUCUCCGAGUCCGAUGAUCAUCGAAAAGGCUAGUCGCGAUGACGCUAGAAGCUUUCACGUGCACAACGUAAUUGUACCGGAUAAGAAUCCGUCGACUUACUUGCCGCGAGGCGAAUCCAAAGUGGAUUCGUUGGAAGCGAGGAGUCUGAAGAGUUCCGGCUCAGCUUCGGUCAACAGAGUCCAGAGUGUGACGUUGAAGCCGAUCACGCAAGUGUCCGAGAGUUUGACGCAAAGCGCUAGCAAUGGAAUUGCGAACGCAAAUGCGUUGGUUACGCCAAAACCAACCGCAUCUAGUCCGACCGUUUCGCCCAAAAACAAUGUCACCACUAAUAAGGACAAAUCUCCAGCGGAGGAAGUGAAAAUUUUUCAGGCACCUUUGGUGGCGGCCUUUACGGUUCAACAGGACGAGCUCGGUAUACCGAAGAGCGUCGUGCCGAUUUACAGGCAAUCCGGCGAUGGACAAGCUUUGACUCUUCAGGAACAAUUGGAGUUUAAGCAGAAAUUAUUGGAACAGCAGCUGGCGGAGCUGCAACAACAGCAGAUCCAGCAGACUCAGUUUCUCAUUAGGCAACGCCAGCUCUACGAGCAGCAGUUAAGACAGAAGCAGCAGCAACAGUACUUGCAAGAACAGGCUAGAAUCAAGCAGUUGGAGGAGCAGGCCAAGAUUAAGCAAUUGGAAGAGCAGCGCUUGAAGCAGCUAGAGGAGCAGAGAAUUUAUCGUUUGCAUCAGCAUAAUCAUUUCCCUUUGCAGAAGCAGCACAUUUUCCAACAACAGACAAACGUGUUGCCGCUUCAGUCGUCUCUUCAGGAGCCUGCUGUUCAUCUCCAGCCGAGCGUGUCUCUGGAACUUCCCAACGCCGCCGCGCCACCAUUAUUCCGUACAAAUUAUCAAGAACAGCUGCAAUUCCAACAGUUUCGCCAACAACCUCAGCAACAGCAGCAGCAGCAGCAGCAGCAGCGAUUGCAACAGAACUUCGUCUCGUUUCCUACCGACUUUCAGCCGCCUGUGGCUUCGGCCACUAGAUUCAACAGGCAGGAGGCUUUCAACGCGGUUGGUAAUUUCGGCUUCAACCUGGAUAACAAGCAACCACCUCCGUCGAGGAAUACCUUCAACUUUGCCGCGCCAACGAGAGCUCCUAGUACCUUUAUUUUUAAUCCUUACACGCAAUUCAAUCAGAUCCCGACGAGAGGCCAACAGACGCCCGCCAAACAGAUUCAGCAUUUGCUUUAUCAGUCGGGCGUCGUCGGCAAAUUGGGUAACGUGCAGGGCCCGGGUGCCGAGGACCUCAACAUCGUGUCCAAGGUGUUGGCAUUGAAUGUUGGUGCGUUGCCCAACAAGAAUUAUCAAUUUGUGAACAAUCGCAGUAAGUUGGGCAGCGCGUGAAAAUAGAGAUAGAUGAGCAUAAUCGAUAUAAGACUUUGACGAGUCGUGUAAAUUAUUACAGGACGAUAUUAGCAAGGUGAAAUCGAGCUCUCUCUCUCUCUCUCUCUCUCUUCUUUCUCUCUUCCUCUCUAUC